AGGUCCUGCACACGAGUGUGGUUGAUUCUCUUUUUCCUUCCCCCGCUCGCCGUCGCUUCACCAUUCGCCGAACGAUAACGGAAGCGAACGAACAGCAUUACACGCGAAAGGGGUAAGCUGGGCAGCAACCGAGUACGCUCCAUCUUGUCUCCCCAGAUCGUUUCUUUUUCUUUUCUUUUAGCAUCAUCAUAGAGUGCCAGCAGAAGGAGAAGAAGCCAAAAGAUCCAAGAAAAAAACCAGCAAUUCCAGACCUCAUCUUCGAUUUUUCGUAGUCGGUCCUAUGGAGGCGUUCAGUCGAAGCAAGUCUUUUAGCCAGGCAGCCUCUGCCUCCAACCCGUCCCUCCCACCAACCCGCGUCGGCGCCGCCACGCCCGCUCUCUCGUCCACCUCCCCUCAGCCACAGCAGAAUGUGGUGAAGAACAUCUUGAAGAGUGUGGAGAGCCACGUGCGGAUCAUGUCCGCGGUGGAGCGCACGGCGACGUCGUCGAACUGCACCUCUAUUCGACUGCAAAAACCCGACAGCGACGGCGGUGCCUCGGCGGCGUCCUCGCCGGAUCAGAAAGGAUCUUCGUCCUCGCAGCCCUCGAGCCAGUCCACCGCCAACGCGGGCGGAGGCGUCGGUGGCAGCGGCAGUGGCAGGUGGUCGGAGUCCUUCAACGUCACCCGCGUCCAUCGCGGCGGCGCCACGAACCGCUUCUACGAGGAGGUCGUCGCCCCGUGUGUGUCGAACUGCACCUCGGGCCAGAGCUACGUGUUUCUCGUCAACGGUCCGCCAGAGAGUGGGCGGAGUCAGACUCUCUACGGCAGCCCCCACCACAACGAGCUGGGGCUGGUGGAGCUGGCCGCGGCCGAUUUGCUAGAGCGUAUGUCGUCGAGUGGGAAGGUGAUUAUGCGCAACCACCGCGACGGCGGCGGAAACAAGGAAAACGACCUCAGCAAGGCUCAGAGCAACAACGCGAAUAGCAAUAAUAAUAAUGGACGCGAGGACGGCUCCGAGGUGACCAUGACGGGCGGCAUCACGGUGACCUAUGCCGCCUUCACCACGCGUGGGGCGAGGAUGGUAGAGACGGAGACGAGCGAGCCCGUGCCGCUGGUGGAGUUCCCACCCCCGCUCGGUUACGUGCCGCUGCCGCAGAUGCGCCUGCUCGAGGACGCGAGUCGGGCGGUGCUGCUACCGGAGCGGAAGCACGUUGACACUUCGUGCGUGAUCCAGUUCCACGUGUACGCCCCGGUGGACAGUACCGGACGGCGCUCGAUGGCGACGCUGACAUUUGUAGACGUCGCGGCGAUACGCGAGCCCCUGUGCAAGGAGGUGGCACACCUCAUCGAGACGGUCGAGCGCGUCGCCGGCGUGGCGUCGAGCGGCGGCGAUCCGAACUUCAAGGAGACGAAGCUGACGACGCUACUAGAGCCGGCCUUGGUGGGCUACGUCACCCUUGUCUCCAUCACCACCCUCAGCGGCCGGCCCGACCUCUACGACUCUUCGUGCACCGCGCUACGCUUCGCGAGCAACAUCAGCCGGAUUCACCAGGUGCUCAUGCUGACCCACAUCAACGCCCCACGCUGGAUCUUUGACACGGGCGUCAGUCUGGAGCAGCUGCGGAUGCAGCGCGACCAACUCAUGGCGGAGCACUACCAACGAGGCGUCUACGACUACUACGAGACGGCGACGCGCUGGCUGCGGCAGAACGUCGGCGACAUCGAUGGCAGUGUGCAGCACCUGCUGGACGAGACGGCGGUGGUUCGCAAGGACGUGGCGCGGGAGGUGGAGGAGCAGUCGAAGGAGCUGCAGGCGAGUAUUGCAGCGGAGGAGGCGAACUGCCGGGCAGAGGUGGAGGCGGCCCGGGCAGCGUACGACGCCACCUCGCACCAGUUUGAGGAGGUCCGCCGCCUUGACGAGGCCAUCGCCGCUCUGCAGCAAAGGUUGUCGCAGACGGACAUGCAAAGCGCUCAGCGCAUCAGCGAAAUGCGGCUUGAGAUAUCCGCGCUAGAGGCGAAGGCGAACAAUCAACGCCAGCAGCUGCAGCAGAUCGAAAAAGAAAUGAAGUUGUACGUACUCAAGACAAACGAAGUCUCCGAGACGCUGAGCAAGUACGCGGAGGAGGCACGCUACGGCCAAGGCACGUACGCAAUGGCGCACGAACUGACCGACCUCGGUCGCAAGCGCCGGCGACUGGAGUCGGACUUGGAGCUGGCCUCGCGAGUGGCGCAGCGCACGACGGACACCAUGCGGGUCGACCGCGAGCGACGUUCGCGCAUCUCGCGACUUAGUGCCAUGCAGCAGCGGGUGCAGUCGUUGCGUGAGACGGUCCAGUCGUCCACCAGUAAUCUCCCAUGUUCACAGCAGCCGCAACAGCCACCGCAGCGAACAGCAUCAGCAGCAAGUCGUUCCGGUCAAAGGCGUUAA